UGGCCGCCUGCCUCUGCAGGCCAGGCCUGCGCCUGCCCCAGACCCUAUAAGGCCUGGGAGCUGAAAGCAGAGCCAGCUGCCAGCUGCGCCGCCAGACACUCCAAAGGACCCUCUCGUAGUCCAGCUGCUUAGAGCACUAACAUGUCUGCUCAAGAGGAAGGAGGCCGGAAGCCCCACAAACCCAAGGGCAAGACCCUGAGCAACUUCUUGGGGUUCCUGCCUGGAUUCAAUUCUGCCCGAAACCUGGCCAAUGCUCACAGCUCAGCAAGAGAGGCUGAUCCCAUAGGUGCUCCUGCUCCCGAGGCCACCCAUCCCCAGGCCCAGGCUACCGACCCGAAGCAGAUGGCCACGGAGGUGGAGAAGCUGCCGCCGCCUCCAGACAAGAUGAUCUCUGGGGUGAAGGACCAGGUGUGCUCCAUGAUGACCAAAACGAAAGAUGCCAUCUCCUCUGGAGUGGCGAACAUGACAGACUCAGCUAAAGGUGUGGCGCAGAGAGGUCUUGGAAUGUCCCAACCUGAGCACACCGGAACCAAGGAGGCUGCGGCCAGCGGGGUCACAGGGACAGUGGAUAUGGCCAAAGGGACCUUUCAGGCUGGUGUGGAUACCACCAAGAUGGUGCUGACCGACACCAAGAACACCAUCUGCAGUGGAGUGACUGGUGCUAUGAAUAUGGUGACAGGGGUUGUACAGGGAGGCCUGGACACCACAAAGACAGUCCUUACUGGUACCAAAGACACAGUGUCCACUGGCCUCACUGGGGCAGUGGGUGUGGCCAAGGGUGCAGUCCAAACUGGUGUAGACACCUCCAAGACCAUCCUGACUGGCACCAAAGACACAGUGUCCGCUGGCCUAACUGGAGCAAUGGGAAUGGCCAAAGGUGCCGUCCAGACUGGCAUGGACACUACCAAGACGGUUCUCACUGGCACCAAAGACACAGUGUCCGCUGGCCUCACUGGGGCAGUGGGUGUGGCCAAGGGUGCAGUCCAGACCGGUGUGGACACCUCCAAGACCAUCCUGACUGGCACCAAAGACACAGUGUCCACUGGCCUCACUGGCGCAAUGGGUGUGGCCAAAGGUGCCAUACAAACUGGCAUGGACACUACCAAGACCGUUCUCACUGGCACCAAAGAUACAGUGUCCACUGGCCUCACUGGGGCAAUGGGUGUGGCCAAAGGUGCCGUCCAAACUGGCAUGGACACUACCAAGACCGUUCUCACUGGCACCAAAGACACAGUGUCCACUGGCCUCACUGGCGCAAUGGGUGUAGCCAAAGGUGCCAUGCAAACUGGUGUGGACACUACCAAGACCGUUCUCUCUGGCACCAAAGACACAGUAUCCGCUGGCCUCACUGGGGCAGUGGGUGUGGCCAAGGGUGCAGUCCAGACCGGUGUGGACACCUCCAAGACCAUCUUGACUGGCACCAAAGACACAGUAUCCGCUGGCCUAACCGGAGCAAUGGGAAUGGCCAAGGGUGCUGUCCAGACUGGCAUGGACACCUCCAAGACCAUCCUAACUGGCACCAAAGACACAGUGUCCACUGGACUCACUGGGGCAAUGGGUGUAGCCAAAGGUGCCGUCCAAACUGGUGUGGACACAACCAAGACCGUUCUCUCUGGCACCAAAGACACAGUGUCCGCUGGCCUAACCGGAGCAAUGGGAAUGGCCAAGGGUGCUGUCCAAACCGGUGUGGACACCUCCAAAACCAUCCUAACUGGCACCAAAAACACUGUGUCCACUGGCCUCACUGGGGCAGUGGAUGUGGCCAAGGGUGCUGUCCAGACUGGCAUGGACACUACCAAGACCGUUCUCACUGGCACCAAAGACACAGUGUCCACUGGCCUCACUGGGGCAAUAGGAGUCGCGAAGACUGCCGUCCAGACAGGCGUGAACACCUCCAAAACGGUCCUCAGUGGCACUAAAGACACAGUGUCCGCUGGUCUCACUGGGGCAAUGGGUGUGGCCAAAGGUGCCGUACAAACUGGCAUGGACACUACCAAGACAGUUCUCACUGGCACCAAAGACACAGUGUCCGCUGGCCUCACUGGGGCAGUGGGUGUAGCCAAGGGUGCAGUCCAGACCGGUGUGGACACCUCCAAGACCAUCCUGACUGGCACCAAAGACACCGUGUCUACUGGCCUAACUGGGGCAAUGGGUGUGGCCAAAGGUGCCAUCCAAACUGGUGUGGACACUACCAAGACCGUUCUCUCUGGCACCAAAGACACAGUGUCCACUGGCCUCUCGGGGGCAAUGGGAAUGGCCAAGGGUGCUGUCCAGACUGGCAUGGACACUACUAAGACGGUUCUCUCUGGCACCAAAGACACAGUGUCUACUGGACUCACUGGUGCAAUGGGUGUAGCUAAAGGUGCCGUCCAAACUGGUGUGGACACUACCAAGACCGUUCUCUCUGGCACCAAAGACACAGUGUCUGCCGGCCUAACCGGAGCAAUGGGAAUGGCCAAGGGUGUUGUUCAGACCGGUGUGGACACCUCCAAGACCAUCUUGACUGGCACCAAAGACACAGUUUCCGCUGGUCUCACUGGGGCAGUGAGUGUGGCCAAGGGUGCCGUCCAGACUGGCAUGGACACUACCAAGACGGUUCUCACUGGCACCAAAGACACAGUGUCCGCUGGCCUCACUGGAGCAAUGGGUGUGGCCAAGGGUGCAGUCCAGACCGGUGUGGACACCUCCAAGACCAUCCUGACUGGCACCAAAAACACUGUGUCUACCGGCCUAACUGGGGCAGUGGGUGUGGCCAAGGGUGCUGUCCAAACUGGUGUGGACACCUCAAAAACCAUCCUGACUGGCACCAAAGACACAGUGUCCGCUGGCCUCACUGGAGCAAUGGGUGUGGCCAAGGGUGCAGUCCAGACCGGUGUGGACACAACCAAGACAGUCCUCACUGGCACCAAAGACACAGUGUCCGCUGGCCUCACAGGAGCAGUGGGAAUGGCCAAGGGUGUUGUUCAGACCGGUGUGGACACCUCCAAGACCAUCUUGACUGGCACCAAAGACACAGUUUCCGCUGGUCUCACUGGGGCAGUGGGUGUGGCCAAGGGUGCUGUCCAGACUGGCAUGGACACUACCAAGACGGUUCUCACUGGCACCAAAGACACAGUGUCCGCUGGCCUCACUGGAGCAAUGGGUGUGGCCAAGGGUGCAGUCCAGACCGGUGUGGACACCUCCAAGACCAUCCUGACUGGCACCAAAAACACUGUGUCUACCGGCCUAACUGGGGCAGUGGGUGUAGCCAAGGGUGCUGUCCAGACCGGUGUGGACACAACCAAGACAGUCCUCACUGGCACCAAAGACACAGUGUCCGCUGGCCUCACUGGAGCAAUGGGUGUGGCCAAGGGUGCAGUCCAGACCGGUGUGGACACAACCAAGACAGUCCUCACUGGCACCAAAGACACAGUGUCCGCUGGCCUUACUGGGGCAGUGGGUGUGGCCAAGGGUGCUGUCCAGACCGGUGUGGACACAACCAAGACAGUUCUCUCUGGCACCAAAGACACAGUGUCUGCUGGCCUAACCGGAGCAAUGGGAAUGGCCAAGGGUACUGUCCAGACCGGUGUGGACACCUCCAAGACCAUCCUAACUGGCACCAAAAACACUGUGUCCACUGGCCUCACUGGGGCAAUGGGUGUGGCCAAGGGUGCAGUCCAGACCGGUGUGGACACAACCAAGACGGUUCUCACUGGCACCAAAGACACAGUGUCCACCGGCCUCUCUGGGGCAAUAGGUGUCGCAAAGAGUGCAGUCCAGACAGGUGUGGACACCUCCAAGACCAUUCUGACUGGCACCAAAGAUACAGUGUCCGCUGGUCUAACCGGAGCAAUGGGAACGGCCAAGGGUGCUGUUCAAACUAGUGUGGACACCUCCAAGACCAUCCUCACUGGCACCAAAAACACUGUGUCUACCGGCCUAACCGGGGCAGUGGGUGUAGCCAAGGGUGCCAUCCAAACUGGCAUAAAUACUUCGAAGACUGUUCUUAUGGGAACCAAAGACACGGUGUCCACUGGACUCACUGGGGCAAUGGAUAUGGCCAAGUGUGCUGUCCAGACUGGUGUGGAUACCUCCAAGACCUUCCUGACUGGCACCAAAGACACAGUAUCCACUGGCCUCAAUGGGGCAAUGGGUUUGACCAAGGGCGCUGUCCAGAUUGGUCUGGGCACUGUACAGAAUUGGUUACCAGCUUCAGGGGAAAGCUCCUAUGGUGGACUCACCAAGAACUCGGAGACAAACAAAUUUGGGCAACAAACUGUGGUAAAGCCCCUGGAGGCUUCCUCCUGCAUGGUCUCCAGCCUCCCUGACACUCUCUGUGCAGGCCAUGUCCUUGCCACAGAAGCCACUGCAAGAACCCAGAGCCUUGGUUCCACUGUGGUAACAAUCACACGAGGAACCUCACUGGGUACGGAGGAUGUGGGGUGCACGGCCACCACGCACAGCCAGGAAGGUGUCACGGGCUUCCUGACACUUCCAGAGGAACUGCGGGAGAUCUUCCACCCCAUGACCGCUGAGGAGCAAGCUCAAUUGGUGGCUUCUGAGCCUGGGCCCAGGGUACCCGCAGCAGACCAGAGCAGUUACUUCGUGCGUCUUGGUGAUCUGGCCCACAGCUUUCGCCAGCGGGCUUUCGAGCACACCCUGAGCCAUUUGCAGCACGGCCAGUUCCAGGCUAGGGCUACACUGGCCCAGCUUGAGGACUCCAUUAGGCUGAUUGAAAAGGCCAAGCAGGCUCCAGAAGGACAGCCACGGAUGGAUAAAGCCGGCACCCAAGAGGUGACAGACUUGGGAGCUCUGUCCAGGACCUGUGGACUCAUCCAGCAGCUCCACGUGGCUUACAGCACCCUAGCCUCCAGCCUCCAGGGGCUCCCAGCCGAGCUCCAGCAGCGGGUCAGGCAGGCGAGACACAGCCUCUGUGCGCUCUAUGGUGUUGUCUCCUCUGCCAGCUCCAUUGCAGAGCUGCCAGCUGAGCGCCUGGCUCAGAGCCGUGAGAGUGUAGGCCAGGCCUGGCAAGAGCUGGAGAAGCAGCUGGAGAGCGUGCAGCACAGCCCCCCACUCAGCUGGCUGGUGGGGCCCUUUGACCUGCACCCUGGUGGGCAGCAGCUAUAGGUCCUUCUCAGAGCCUCCUCAGCCCCAACUCCCUGAAGCUCUGGGACUGCCCCAUCCACCUUUCCUCCCGAGCAUGGCUGGCCUAGGAGCCCAGGAUUGCUAAGACCAUUGACAGAGGUCUUAUGUCAAUGAGAUCCUGAGCAAGCACUCCAGUUAUAAAAAAAGAAGUGAAAUGUGACUAAGUCUAGAAGAUUCUCCUAGCAGUCCCCACUAGGAGUCCCAUCAUCUUUGCUGGGAUAGAGGUCUUCUACCCAGUCUGAGCCUUCAGCUACCAGCUCAGCGGGUAAUCCUGCUCCUAUGUACUCAUUUUGAAAGCGUCUCCCCCAGACCUAGCAAACACCUUGCACCACAAUGUAACAGAAUGCCACCACCCUCCGGAGGCAGGGUCCCAAGUGCCUUUGCUGAAUGUGGCCUAGAUAAGGGGCUUUAUGAGGACAAAGCCACCAGCUGCCCCCCUCCCUCCAGCUUUUCAGGGCCUGCCUUGAGGACUGCAUUGCUUAGAGGGACUAUGGGGGGAGGGCUACAAAGCAAGCCCCUUCCGACCUCUUCUGCUUACUCACCUGCCCGGUACUACAGGCCAAUCACAAGAUCACAGAGCUGAGAUUCUGUCCCUGGGGCAUCUGGGCCCAGAGGCUGCCCAUGGCGGAAUGAAAGGGUUUCCCCACAAGGGACAGGGCCCCAAGGAGUACGGGACAAGGUGCUGAAUGAUCCUUCAGGUCUUGGUAAUGUGCUCCAGGCUAGAGACCAGGGCCUGCGAUGGUCGGGAGCAUCCCUGCAAUCCCAGCCAGAGGUCCAAGCCCCCUGCCCCUGCCCCCAGAUGUGAAAACUCAGGAUGUUGGCCUAGGCUUCUCUCCAUCUGGGAGCUGGACAUCAGAACACCAGCGGCCCAAGCCAGGUCCAGCUUCCAUCUUCCCAGAACCUGCACCAUGCCGUCAGCACGCCCCGACACUGUACAUCCUUCUCAGAAAUGGUGAGGUGCUCUGAGUUCUAGGAUGAAUGGGCUGACUCUCCCUAAGGGUUACUAAAGGCUGCCAGCAUCUGGGAGGGACUCCUGCAUUGGGGUGCUGGCACCCGGCUUGGCAAAGGACCCAGUCAGUGAACCUUCCGAGAUGUUCUUUCCAACACCUAAGUUAUCCGGAGUGAAGACACUGGGAAUACAGCUAUUCACAGAAACCCAGCAGAGUGACCUGACUUCAAGUCCAGCCAAACUAAAUAGAGGGUGGGCAGGACUCAAAAAAUCCCUGCCAUACCGCAGUCUCCCUCUUAGUUAGGAUGCGUGGACUCACCCAGAACAGGGGGACACAAAGGAGGCCACUGUUUAGCCACAAACUGCCGAGGGCAGGUGCCUGGCUGGGAGCCACACACACUCAUCUUCCAUCUAAAUCCACUAGACUUCCCUGAGAGGCUGGAGUCACCCCCUAUCCAGGUGAGAAAAGACAAGCCCAGAGUGGGAGUGCCACUUGCCCAGUGUCACACAGGGAGGCCUGCCCCCAGUGCUUACGCUCUCUGAAUGUGUAAAGAAAACAACCCACAGGACACUUCCUGGACUGAAUGCCCCGAACUGGCAGUGCCAGGCACAUUGGUUCUUGACAGGGCCGGGGGUGGGGGGGUGGGGGGGGAAGGGGGCCUCACAAUGCCUUCUGCAGCCUGGGCAAGAGGGAAAACGACUGAGCCAGUGGAGCAUGGUAGCCACUGUCCCAGACCUGCCCUCCUGGCCUCUUUGUUUCUCCUUUCUGGGCACUGGGCAGCCAAACCCAGGACAUCAAACCACAGCCUCCAUUUGAGCCUCGAAGUUCAGAGAGUUUUAUUUUUCCUUUAUUAGUUUUGGAAAGGCCUUGCUCCCACCCCAUUUCUUCAGCAUCAGGCCUGCCGGGCCAGGAACGCCAUUAAAACCAAGCUCACAUUCACUGUAUAGGGUGACACUAUGGCUUAAACCCUUUGUCCCCAAUAGGGCCCUUGACAGCUACAGACCUCUCCCCAUUCUAGCCCAGCUGCACCAGUAACACUAGAAAACCAAGCCAAUAAAAGUGAUUUUUUUCAUUAAAAAAA